AUGGGACUUCACAACUAUAUAAGAAGGUAUUCCGUACGUGAUUGUGUUUUUGACAAAAGUGAAAACCUUGACAUUGAAGAGACUGGGAGAGAGGAUGAUGCACAAAAUGGUCACGGUCAUGUUUCCAGAGAAAUGGAGGCAUUGAGAAACAAUAUUGCUUCAAGUUUAAUGGGGAGCCCAUCCCAGUUGCCUCCACAAGCCGCCAAAGCAAAGACUUUUGCCUCUGUUCUCUCCUGUUCAAUAGAGUCGACUGUGAAUCUUAGUCAAUUGCCGAUUCCGGUGGUUCAUGGCUCUACUCCUUUGAAACUUUAUGAUUUGAAGGCCUCUCUUGCCUCCCUGUGGAAGAUCUCAUCACCAUGGCAUCUGGUUCCCUUGGGGAAAGGCUAUUUCGAUAUCCAUUUCAACACAGAAGAGGAUAUGCGGAGAAUUUGGGGUGGAGGCACUUGCACAUUGGCUAGUGGGUUGUUUCGCUUAUCGCAAUGGCAACCUGAUUUCAAGCCUGUUGAUGCACUACAUCAGACUCAUUCUCAAAUUUGGGUAAGACUUUAUGGUUUAAGCCAAGAUUAUUGGCAUCCGCAACAUCUUAUGGAGAUUGCUAGAGGUGUGGGAACUCCAUUGCAAUUGGAUAGGGCUACCAAAGAAAGAGAAUUUGGCUACUUUGCUAGAGUUCUAGUGGAUGUUGAUAUGGCAGGUAAUUUGCCUUCUUCCUUGAUGGUUGAAAGAGAAACGCAUUGUUUUCCUGUUGACGUCGUUUAUGAAAAUAUGUGUGACAAUUGUGGAUUAGUUGGGCAUACCAUUGAUCGGUGCAAACACCUUAAUAAGGAUACUGGAGAUCUUUUGCACUCUAAGGGGGUGGUGGAGGGUUCCAAGCAUGCUAAACCUGCGAUUCGACAAGAGUAUAGAGUGAAAAGUAAGCCCUCGGUUCAGCAACAAGUUCUUUCUAAGGAGGCAGUAAACUCAGAUGUGGUGAUUGCAAAGUUUGUUAACCAAGCUUUAGUGGAGGUGGUGGACAACAAGCUUGGUCGUAUUGCUGAUUUGGUGGUCAAUGAACCCAUGGUCAAUCUUGAAGAUGGAAGUAGUGGAGGGGCUGUUUCUCCUUAUGUACUUAAUGGGAAUUCCUUUUCCCUCCUUGCAGAUAAUGAUAUGGAAGUAAUAGUUGAUAAAAGUCAAGAGAAAAGUAAGCAAUUGGUUGUUGCGAAGGUUCAAAAUACUACAAUGGUUACUACAUGCAAUAAUAUUAAUUUGGAUGUUUCUAAUGUCCAUACUGCUGAUGAUGAUGCAAGUGUUGAUGAAACUGAUGGGGAGAGAAGUGCUCCUAGCAAUCCUCACUCAGUGCUGGCCCAAAAAACUCAGUUUAAUUCUCCACAGAGUGGUCAAAGUUGGCAUGACAUGGUAGAAGAUGAUCAAUUAAUUAACCAACCUGAGGUUUCUACUGGUGGAGUCCCUCCUGGGUUUGAGCAUGUGGGUGCUUGA